AUGUUCAGCAGAGGAUCAUUUGAUGCAACCAAGCUCAAAGCAGCACUAAAGCUGGCCAGUAGCCGCUUUGAUGUUGCCAAGAACAAAAAGAUGGCCCUCAUGAAACAAAACAUGAGAGAAGUCGCCGUGCUACUGGCCGAAGAUCCCCCCAAAGAAGAAAAGGCAAGGAUUCGAACAGAAAGACUCAUCAAAGAUGACUAUCUUAUUGAGGCAUAUGAGAUUCUUCAGCUUGAAUGCCAAUUGCUGGUAGAGAGAGUUCAACUAAUAAAGCACUUGAAGAUGGAGUGCCCACCUGAUCUUGUGCCUUGUGUGUCAGACUUGAUCUAUGCGGCUCCCCGUGUAGACAUUCCAGAGCUCCAAGAAAUCAAACAGCAGCUAGUUGCCAAGUUUGGCAAAACACUUGCCAUGGAUGCAGACAACAACAAGGAUGGUGUUGUCAAUCCAAGGAUUGUGGAAAAGCUGUCUCUGUCUCCUCCGACUGCAUUCUUGGUUCAGAACUACAUGACCAAAAUUGCAAAGCUCCAUCAAGUCUCUUAUGAACCCACCUUGCAAAUGACCCUCAAAGAAGCAUUGGAACCCAUUGCUGCCCCCAUUGGAUAUUCUGUUCCGGUCGCAAUGGGGACAGGGCUAGGUUCGCUACAUGUAGUUCAAGAACCACAAACUUCCAUGCUGGGCACAGCAGCUGUACCAUCCACAAACCCUGAUUUCAACAAAGAGACUCUGACAGAGGUGAAAGCAUUUCCAUGUGCUCCUCAAGGUGGAUCCCUUCUUGACGCUGAGUCAACGAACAACAAGAUGAGCCCCUUCCCUCCAGCAAACCCAACAGAACCAGCUUGUGUGGAAGAAAAGUCAAAUCAGGCUGAUCCUGACUUUGUCCAGUCCCAACUAAACAUUACACAGAAUGAGGUCCCAGACGAAUCAACCAACAUCAUGGAUUAUGAACAUGUUGACUGCAAGGGCAUCCGGAAGGACUCUCUGGCAAGUGGAGACCAUUCUCUACCAAGACAGCUGAGGGUUCCUCAUGCGGCUGAACAGGAUAUCCCUGACACAACAGAGCUCUAUGGGGUGCUGACAGGAUUGAGUCUCCCAGUUGCCAAACAGGAACCUGCAGGCCCCAAGCAAGAACCUAAAGCCAUCGGUAGUUUUGAUUUCUGUGAUGUUGAAGACGAAGACAUGAAGGAAAACUUGAACCAUGCUACGGAGGAUCAUGUGGCCAAGGUUAAUGUCACCCACAGAAUCCCAUCCAUCCAGGUCAAACCUACUCCAGAGUCGACAGAACUAGAGUUUCUAAGGAAGCGAUUCCAGGCUCUUGCUACUCCAUUGGAAGACACCAAGAACCUCGAUCAAUCUUGUGUCAGAGCUGUGGAUCCCUGGGCUGACAAGCUGUACAAUUCAAAGAAUCCUGGCUCUAGUUCUUUUGCAAUCGUGAGCCACAUUGAUGCAGAGCAGGCGGACACGCAAGAGGACUGCCUCUGGGUCGCUUCAUCUAGCGGUUGCGGCGAAGAAAACAAGGACAACACAGGAGACCAGGUGGACCUCCAAGAGAACGAGGAGAAGUGUGUGUUUCGUGAUGCUGAGAUCCAUGGUCGUGAAGGAGAGGAGACCUUGAACACGAGAUCUCCGAGGAGCAACAAUUCCUUGGAAGAAUACAUUACAGGAGCUGCCAUCGCUGGAGGAGCUGUUGGGUUUGUGGUGGCAGGAUCUUUUGGCGGUAUCCUGGGGGCUGCAGGUGUGGCGCAUCUGGCAGCCAACAAAAACGGCAAGGCUGCUGACAUGGCAAGGAAAUGUGGUGAGAAAGUGUCUGAAAUGACAGGCAAACUGGUCCAGAAGAUGGAGCAAGCCUAG